AUGAACUUCACGCUCGACGACGCGGACCCCUCCUUCGCGUACUCGUCCACCGGCUGGGCCGUCCAGUCGCCCACCGACCCGGACCUCGACCAGUUCUUCGAGGAGACGUACCACGUCGCCACCGCAAACGGCGCCUCAGUCUCCAUUCAGUUCAGCGGGCUUGGGUUUGCGCUCUUUGGUUCCAAGGGCCCCCAACAUGCAAAGUUCUCGGUCCAAUUCGACGAGACGGUUGUCAACCUCGACGCCUCCGCGGACGAGACCGUGUUCCGCGAGGAACUCUUUGCGCACACCUUCUCCACCACCUCGGCCGCGACACACCUUGUCAAGAUCACCGCCAUCAUCUCUGGUGACAACAGCCAGGGAAAGUGGUUUGACCUCGACUAUAUCACGUUCUCCUCUUCCGCGGGCACCACCACGGCCACGAUAGGCACCGCGUCCUCGGCCCCGCCCUGGAUUUCAGAGACAGAGUGCGCUCUGCAAACCCGUACGUCCACCUCUACUGUCCGCCGGGGCUUGAACUCGUCCGUUGCGGCCCGCUCGCCAUCCUCCAAACUCCCGUUGGUGCUCGCCAUCACCUUCGGCGCGCUCAUCGGCUUAUUCCUUCUCGCCCUCGUCGCUUACCUCCUCCUCCGCCGCGCCUACAACCGCCGCCGAGAGCGCGAGCGCGCCUUCCGCUAUGGCCAGUCCUCCGUCAAUCCCGGCUACGCCCCCGCCACAUCAACAGCCGCGACCGCCACAUUAAUCUCGCCCGGCUCCGGGCCCAGCUCCGGCAAGAGCUCGUCCUCCCUGCACUCUCCCAGCUCAAAAUCGCCCGGGGUUUUUGACAUGUUCGCCGCCGUGGUCUCGCCGCUCUCAUCCACGAGCGCCGCCGGGCGCGCGCGCUCCCCAUCGCACGCCGGCUCGCUCUCCGUGUACUCGCAUGUCGGGAGCACCGCGACGGCGAACGCGGGCAAGCGGGGGUCGGGCGUGGAAAUGCGGAGCAUGGUCCCAACUUCGUACUCGUUCGACCAAAGCGGGCGAGCGACGCCUACGGGGGCACGGCCGCUACUGAGCGGCAGCCCGAUCUCGUGGACGCCGCAGCGGCCCAAGGGGCACCGUGGGGACGCGGACUCGCUCGCGACGGACUUUUUGCAGGUGUGA